AUGUCUGACGCAAACAACCAGAACAAGGGCGAGGAGCAGUCCUUCACCAUCCAGCCCCACCCCGCUACCACCAACGACCCUAACCAUGACCCCGCUCUCGGUGACAAGCAGAAUGCUUUCGGUGGCAAGCCCGGCCCCGCUGUCGUCAACACUGAGCAGCUUGAGGAGCCUGCUAGCCGAGAGGAGCUUGCCAAGCGUUCCGCCGAGCUCAACAAGUAG